AUGGAGACACAUACAUCUCCUUUAUUGCCAACCCCGGAGUGCAACAAUUAUUCUAUGAAUCUCCGACCGGUAUACCAUUUCCUGCCUAACCCAUGGUUCUCGAUUGAUCCUAUUUUCGCAUGGCCCUACCCGCCGUCAACUCAAUAUGAUCCGCGUUUCUGGGCCUGGCCUGUGGGUACCCAUCCACUCUUCGGCCAGGGACCCGCAUUACCAAACUACGCCGAGAUCCCACCGUGGACGUCGACUUUGGGCCCACCUGUCAAUCCGAGCACUUCACUAGAUGUCUUACCUCCCAAUACCGCUGUCGAAGCACAACUAGAGACUAUCACCCACUACACCACAGCUAUCAAGGCGCAGCCACCGCGGAACGAUCGACAAGCAAACCCUGAGCCCGCAACCGAACCUACUACUUAUCGGUGCAAAUGGGAAGGGUGUACAUACACCGGUACUUUCGUCAAAGAAUCCGUUCUCUGGCGACAUAUUAGAUCGACUCACCUUGCCCCGGACUCGCUCAAGUGUCCUGCACCGAAAUGCAGGAAAUCGUUCGGGCGAAAAGAUAAAUACAAUGCGCAUGUUCGACUUGUGCAUCGGGAUAUGGCGGAUUUGCUUGAUACGCCAGGUCUUGGGGCUUGUGCUUGA